UCCCACCUCGCCCCCUCGCUUUGACCCCCCGGCGCCCGCGAACCUUCGUGCCCUUGACCCCUCCACCCUCCUCCCCUCUCUCUAUUUAUCCCCCUUCCCCCUCCGCUCCCCGCCUCCCCAAGAACCCCCCACUCCACUCCACUCAACCCGCCUCAGCCGCAGCCGGCCACCCCACCCACCGCAAGGAGCGAGAGCCACCAACCAAGAAGCAGCCAUGGUGACGGCGGCGGCCGCGACGCAGCGCCGUGACGCCGAGGCGGAGCUGAACCUGCCCCCGGGCUUCCGCUUCCACCCCACCGACGAGGAGCUCGUCGCGCACUACCUCUGCGCGCGCGCCGCCGGGCGCAGCGCGCCGGUGCCCAUCAUCGCCGAGGUCGACCUCUACCGCUUCGACCCCUGGGAGCUCCCCGAGCGCGCCCUCUUCGGCCGCCGCGAGUGGUACUUCUUCACGCCGAGGGACCGCAAGUACCCCAACGGCUCCCGCCCCAACCGCGCCGCCGGGACCGGGUACUGGAAGGCCACCGGCGCCGACAAGCCCGUCCAGCACGGGGGCCGGACCCUGGGGAUCAAGAAGGCGCUCGUCUUCUACCACGGGAAGCCUUCGCGCGGGAUCAAGACCGAGUGGAUCAUGCACGAGUACCGUCUCGCCGACGCCGGCGGCAAGAAGCCCGGCAACGGCUCGCUCAGGCUGGACGACUGGGUGCUGUGCCGCCUGUACAACAAGAAGAACGAGUGGGAGAAGAUGCAGCAGCAGAAGGAGAAGGCAAUGGAGUCGGAGGCGUCGCUCUCGCACUCCCACUCCGACACGCGCACGCCGGAGUCGGAGAUCGACGACGACACGUUCCCGGGGCUGGGCUCGCUGCCGGAGUUCGACGACAUGGGCCCCGCCCCCGCCGGCGCCGUCCUGCCCAAGGAGGAGGUGCAGGACUUCGGCAACCUCGGCGGCGACGACUGGCUCGCGGGGAUCAACCUCGACUACCUGCAGGUGCCCGGGGACGCCGACUUCUUCAACAACAUGCCGCUAUUCUGAACCUGAGCUCUGCUCUGCUCUGCUCUGCUCUGCUCCGACCCCGAGGAGGGAUGCAGCUGCAACUGUGAAUAGUUCAGAUUUGCUUUCCAUUCAGAGAAACAAAACUCCCUGCUAAUGCCUGGUUGUGGUGCCGUAGACCGUAGUGGUGUAGUGCAGAAGUAGUGGUAUGCAGGUCAGCAUGGAUUGGAGUCCUGUGUAGGAUUGAAGCUCAUCAUUGGAGCUUGCGAUCAGUGACAAAAUUCUUUCGUUUCUGGUUCAGUAAUUUAUCAUCUCUUAGAUUUGUUCCUUCAGAAUUCAGAUGGGCAAACAGCAUUCAGCCAUUUUAUGUUCGUUCCUUGUCUCUGAAUAUUGGAUGGUCAUCCCGUUUCUGCU